CCAGAGAACAGAUUGCAGCCUAUCAGUAUCAAGGACCUCACCCUUCCUGGCUGGAGUGUAGAGACCCAAGGAAGCUUCUCCUCCUGUUCUCUUGGCUCCCCUUCCCGCCUGGACCCAGACAGCACGGCCUGCACAUGGACCCGAAUGAGUCUCUGGACCCAGAACCUGGGGAUCUCUCCUCUGUUCUCCUGCAACCUCUGCUCCCGGAGCCCAGCCUCCCCCAAUGCUUCGAUGUUUCCGAGGUCCAGGAAGAAACGUCCCUGGAGCAUGAGGCGGAUUCCGCCGGACUCCACAGCCCGGGCAGCCAGGAGGAUGACCUUAAGAUUAUUUGCAGAACUUUGGAGGAACAGAUGGAUAUCAGACCAGAGGUGGUGUGCAAGUCCCGGGGAGACUGCCCGGAUGGCAAAGUCCCUGACCUAGAUCUGCAGAGGCCGGACAAGUUCAGAAAGCACUUCUUCAGCUCCAUCGCUGCGGGGGAUCUGGAGGCUGUGAGGAAGCAGCUGGAGGAGAUUCUCCGGCACAAACUGAAGCUCAGUGGCCCCGAGCUCCUAGAGGAGGUCACGGGGAAGACGUGUCUGAUGAAGGCUCUGCUGAGGUCUCAGGACAAGAAGGAGAAAGCCGUGGAGGACAUGGUCAUGCUCCUGCUGCACCACGCCCAGGACUCGGGGGACCUGCCCGAGCUGCUCAACGCCUCCUACACCGACAAGGUCUAUCGCGGACAGACAGCCUUGCACAUCGCCAUCGAGAGGGGCCUGAAGGACAUUGUCAAGCGGCUGGUGGAGUGGGGGGCUGACCUUCAGGCCAGGGCCACGGGCUUGUUCUUCCACCCCAACCCCGUCUCAGAGGAUUGCUUCUAUUUUGGGGAAUACCCGCUGUCCCUGGCGGCCUGCACCUGCCAGCCAGACAUGGUGAGGUUCCUGAUGAGCCGGGGUAGCUCCGACCUGGCGCGGGCCCAGGACACCUUCAAGAACACCGUGCUCCAUGUUCUGGUGCUGAGGGCCCGGAACCUGCAGGAGAUGGUCAGCAUGUAUCACCUGGUGCUCGAGCUCAGCGAGAAGAAGCAGCUGAGUGACAGAACGGCCUCCAUGAACCAUCUGGAGAAAAUCCGCAACCUCCAAGGCCUGACUCCCCUGCAGCUGGCAGCCAAGGAGGGCCAGUUCGAGCUGUUCCAUUGCAUCCUAAACCGAGAGCUCUCCCCGGGACACAUGAUGGCCUACCUGGGCAGAAAGUUCUGCGAGUGGUCCUACGGGCCCAUAAGCUGCUCCCUGUACGACCUGAGUGAAGUGGACACCACGGAGCCCAACUCUGCCCUCAAGAUGGUCGCCUUCCACCCCGACAUGGAGAAAGCCUCCGACCUGCUGGUGGUGGAGCCCCUGCGGAGUCUGCUGCAAGCCAAGUGGGCCUCCUUUGCGGGCGCCCUGUUCGCCAUCAGCACCGCCUGGUACCUCAGCUACAUCGGGCUUUUCACGGCGCUCACGGCCCAGCGGCCGGGGAUGGAGGGGAGCCAGGAGUCUCCUGGCCCAACCCAGAGCGAGAGCCCCUGGAGGAUCUGGGGGCAGGUGUACGUCUUCCUGUCGGCCGUGGCCAUGAUAGUGAAGACGGGCCUGGACAUCAACUGGAUGAGGCCCUUCCGGCUCGCGCCCUUCCUGCUGCAAAGCUAUUUCCACGUGCUCUGUCUCUUCCAGGCCGGGCUGGUGCUCUGCUCUCUGGGGCUGUCCUGGGGCCGGGCGGAGACCGCGGCCGUGGUGCAGAGCCCGGCUCUGGUGCUGGGCUGGUUCAAUCUGCUCUACUACUCUCGGGGCUUCAAGCUCACGGGCAUCUACACGGUGGUCCUGCAGAAGAUGAUUCUCCACGACGUGGCCAGGUUCCUGUUAGUAUAUGUGGUUUUCCUCUUGGGUUUUGCUUCUGCCCUCUCGGCCCUGUCCGGUCCGUGUCCGGGGCCCGACCACUGUCCCUACGAUUCCGUGGGGAAUGCGUCGGGGGCCCUUUUCAAGCUGACCCUUGGGCUCGGGGACCUGUCCGGCCCGGAGCACUCCAGCUUUCCAGGCUUCUUCCUCUUCGUCCUCAUCAUCUACGUGAUUCUCACCUCCGUGCUUCUCCUCAACAUGCUGAUCGCCCUCAUGAGCGAGACUGCCACUGAGGUGUCCUCCAGGAACGAGAAAAUCUGGCAGGUGCAGAGAGCCAUCACUAUCCUGGACAUGGAGAGGUGUCUGCCAAUGGCCUGGCGCCAGAGGCUCCUGCGGGACAAGAUUCUCCGUGACCAGAAGGUGGGGCUGACCCCGAGCCAGGACGACGACCUGAGGACGUGCUUGCGAGUGAAUGAAGAAGAAUGGAAAAAGGCAAACGUGGUGGCGAGGGGACAGUUCAUGGGCAUCCAUGAGGACCCCAGCGUCUUUCCAGGUAUGGAAAAAUAAAAGUGACUCCGUGCCCAGGGUCCUGGUCCAGGAGUCAGAAGGGCCUGAGUUCAAAUCUGGCUUCAAACCUAGCUGUGGGAUUCUGGGAAAAUCGUGUCCCUUCUGUCUGCCUCAGUUUCCCCAUCUGUGAAAUGGAUUGUUGCGAGGAUCAAAUCAGAUAGUAAUUGUAAAGUGCUCAGUGCCUGACACAGGACAAGAGCGAAAUAAAAAUCAACCAUUGUUACAGCCA